CUAGCUGCCAGCUGCUCUGCUAUGGCUGCUUUGGCUGCCACCCUGGGCGUCAACCCCCAGCUGGUCAUGCUCGUUCUGCCUUUGCGCUAGCUGUCGAGCUGUUCGUAAGCACCGCUGACAGACUGGCCCAGUCAUCGCCAUCCCAGUUGGCGCUGAUCGAAAGCGGAGCCCAGCUGCGUUCGAGGCCUGCAGAAGCCGAGGCCACCAGCUCCUGAACGAUGGGGCUCUUUGGGAUCGGCCGCGGGUCGGGCCAGCACGAGCAGGCGGAGCGCAACGGACAGCGCGCGUGGGAGGAGCUGCAGGAGACGCGGGAAGAAGUGCAGGGAGCGCUGCAGCACGAGGCAGGGCACGUCAAGGAGAAGGCAGACGAGCAGGCACGGGGCGUCAAGGAGCAGCUGGAGCACCUCAAGGGAAAGGCAGGCGGUGCGGCAGAGCGCGGCAGGCAGAGGGGGGAGCAGCAUGCGGACGAAGUUGCUGAGAAGGCGUCCGAUACAGGCAGCAGGCUCAAGCGCGGGACUGAAAGAGGGGCCAAUGCUGUAGCAGAGCGGGCGAGCGGCACGAUUGACACGGUGAGGGACAAGGCCUGGCAGAUCAAGGAAGGCGUCAAGGAAAAGGCGCGGCGCGCGGAGGAGACGGUGGAAGAGCAGAGCCAGCAUGCCAAGCAGGAAGUGAAGGGCAAGUGGUGGGAGAAGAGAGAGAAAGCAGACCGGGCGGCGGAGGAGACCGCCCAGAAGAUGUGGUCCAACAUUCAUGCUGCGGAGCAGACGGCAGCGGAGAAGGCGGACGAUGCCAAGCGAGCCGCCGCAGAGAAAGCGGAGCAGGCACAAGAGGCUGCGCAGCGGGGGGCACAGAAGGUGAAGGGCGCGGCGGAGAGGAGUAAAGAGAAGCUGGGGGAGGUGAAGGAUAAAGUGGGCGAGAAAGGACAGAAAUUGAAGGGAAGGGUCGAGGAGACUGCUGAAGAUUUGGAGGAGGAUGCAGAGAGGACGAGGGAAGCGGCCACAAGAAAGGCGGAGGAAGCAAAGAGGACCGCAGCCAAGCCAGUCUGGUGGCUGGGCAGGAAAGCGGACGAGGGGACGGACAAGAUAGCAGAGGGUGUGGGGGCCGCAAAAGGGGUGGUCAGCGGGACUGCGCAGGAAGCCAAAGAAGCGGGGAGGGGGCUGGGGGCUAAGCUGGACCGGGCCGCUGAUAAAGUAGUGGAGGGCGCAGGAUACACGGCUGGCUAUGUUGAGGGCACAGCUGAGGAGGUGGCGCAGGGUGCGAAGCACGCACUGGAGCGGACGCGUGACGUGGUGGGUGACGACGUGCGCGUGACAGUAAAACGCGUGGAGACGCCCUUCAUCAGCAUCCACAGCAAGACUGUCAAGGAGCUACUGGCAGGCGGGAUUGCAGGUGCGAUUGCCCAAACCGCGGCCACGCCCCUGGAAGUGGUGCGGACUAAGCUGCUGGGGGGCCGAGCGGGGGACAACGUGAAGGAAGUGGUCAAGACGCUCAACCGCAAGAGCGGUCGCAACUGGCCGAUCAAGCAGACCACCGGCUCCUUCGGCAUCAAUGUUCUUAGGGUCGCGCUCACCAAGUCGGUCGAGCUGGUGACGUACGAGAAGGUGAAGGCCAAGCUGAAGCGGCGCGGGCGGCCCGGCGACCACCAGAUCCCGCUGCUGGAUAAGCUGCCGCGCCAGGUGCCAGAGUCCACGUGGGCGGGCAUGGCCGCGGGGCUGGCCAACACGCUGGUCGCGUACCCCUUCGAGACGCUCAAGGACCGCGUCCUCGUCAUGCCCGAGAAGUACAAGGGUUUCGGCGACGCGCUCCGGGAGGUGAUGCUCCACGAGGGCGGCCUCCCCGCGCUAUACCGUGGCGUGGUGCCCGCGCUGCUGGGCAUCGUGCCGCAGUCCGCCGUCAACUACUACACCUACGACACGCUCAAGGAGCGCUACCGCAAGAGGACAGGCCGCAAGCACGUCCCCGCUGGGUACACCCUCCUCUUCGGCGCCACGGCGGGGGCGGUCAGCCAGCUGGCGACCUAUCCGCUCGAGGUCGCCCGCAAGCAGGUGAGCGUGAGCGUGCUGCCCGCGGUGGAGACGGGCAAGGCGGCCAACGCGGCGUACCGCAACGUGGUGGAGGCGGUGCGCGGCGUGGUGCGCACGGAGGGCGUGGCCGGGCUGUACAAGGGCGUCGGCGCGCAGGUGGCGCAGGUCGUGCCCGUCGCCGGCCUCUCCUGGGUCGUCUUCGAAACCGCCAAGCGGGCGCUGCACGCGGAAGAGGAAGACGAGGACGAGGACUAGCGCACCGGGUGGCGGGGCUCGAGAAAGCCCUGAGCAUUGGGUUUGAUUGCAGUAGUUAAAAGGACGGUUGUACAGAUCCGCGCAGACGGGUGAAGCCGGCAGUGAUGGAAACGUGGUAAGGUUGAGGUUGACAUGUCGUUGGAAGUUACGAGCAAUUGUGCUCAUUUGAAUGCUGUGACCUGUGUCAGGUUAAAAUCGGCCCAUUGAAUAGUCAAAUGAUGUGAUAGGACGCAGAGGUAGUGUGAAAAUGCAUCGGGACCCUCUACAUUUUGAUCAACGCAUGUGGAGCAGUCGCGCUCGCGAUACAACGCGCGCCUUUACAUCAUGUUUGCCUCAAAAGCCAUUGGAGGUACAG